GAACGGAAGAAACUACUGAAGUUUUUGGUUAUAGUUUUAACGUCAGUGUAAAUUAAUUAAUUAGGAAUUUUCCGUAUAAUACUAUCAGGGCUUUGUGAGACAAAUUAUUUAAGUAGUGUGCAAACAGUGUUGUACUUUGGUUUUACUAUUGAAAUAGUUCUGAUAGGCCAAUACAUACAAAUCUCAAAUUCUGCCUUUAUUGAAUUGGUGCAUUGAUUGUUUUGGAAGUGAAUUAGUGUUUUGAACUGGGACACCACUCAGUCUUCGUUUGUCUCGCUGUGUUUUAAUUACAGGUUCACUGAGGACGUCUAAGAGACUACGUCAGCAAAAUGGCGUUCGCGGGACUGAAAAAACAAAUCAACAAAUGCAACCAGUACAUGACGGAGAAGAUGGGAGGAGCGGAGGGCACAAAGCUGGACUUGGAGUUUGUCGACAUGGAAAGGAAAACAGACGUAACGUUCGAGUUGGUGGACGAGCUGCAGUUGAAGACGAAAGAGUAUCUGCAACCCAACCCCACGGCCAGAGCCAAGAUGGCCGCAGUCAAGGGUAUCUCCAAGCUGAGUGGGCAAGCCAAAGCUUCCACCUAUCCUCAGAGUGAAGGUGUACUGGGGGAGACCAUGGUCGGCUACGGGAAGAAACUGGGCGACGACAGCAUCUUCGGACAAGCGUUGGCUGAGUUUGGCGAAGGGCUGAAGCAGAUGGCUGAUGUCAAAUACUCCUUGGACGACAACUGUAAACAGAACUUCUUGGAACCUCUGCAUCAUCUGCAGACCAAGGACCUCAAAGAAGUCAUGCAUCAUAGGAAGAAGCUGCAAGGUCGGAGGCUAGACUUUGACUGCAAGAGACGAAGGCAGGCCAAAGGACUGCUGGCCGCUAUUGACGUGUUCCUUUUGCCCACCGAUGAUGAGAUCAAACAGGCGGAGGAGAAGUUUGCAGAGUCGCUGCAUCUGGCGCAGAUGGGGAUGUUCAAUCUGCUUGAAAACGAUGUGGAACAAGUGUCACAGCUGACUUCUUUUGCCGAGGCGUUGUAUGAAUACCAUCAACAGUGUACGGAGAUCCUACGCACAGUCGUUGAAAAUCUUCAGGAGAAGAGGAACGAGGCUGCCAACAGACCUCGGUCGGAGUUUGUCCCCAAGACUCUGGCAGACCUACAUGUGGAGGGAAUCUCAGAACACGAGGAUUACAAUGGAACAUCUCAAGCCAACUCUCCGACUCACAAGCCCAACCAGUUGGAGCUCAUCACUAACAACCAGCCGCGCUCCACCAAUGCUUCGCCGAUGUCGUCGCCCAUCAAGAGUUCCCCAGCUAGGACCCCGGCAGGCCAGACCAAGGGUCCAUGCUGCACAGCUCUCUACGACUUUGAUCCCGAGAACCCUGGAGAGCUUGGCUUCAAGGAAGGGGACACGAUAGCGCUACUGAACAAGAUCGAUGAGAACUGGUUGGAAGGAAGCGUCAACGGUCGCACAGGCUACUUCCCAGUGACUUACGUUCAGGUCGUCGUUCCGCUGCCGUAAACGUUGUAACUUCUGCUCCCUGCAUCACUGCAACCGUCAUUCCGCAAACGUUUACGCUACUACAUUUGUAAAGGUUUCGUUUGUACUGUCGCAUGUCGAGAUCGGCGUGAUGAAGGUAUUUUUGUUAUCUAAUUGUAUUUUUACAUCAAAUCAUCUCCGCACUGGCGUGAUUGUGUAUGAAUCGUACAAAGUACGUAAACCUAGAAUUUUUUUCAAUUUUAUCAUUUUUACAGAUUUAUAUUUUACUGGUUUAACCACUUUUUGCAGUUGUUUUCUAUAGUUAUUUUAUGUAUACAAUACAAGAAUCAUUUAUGGAUCCUUCUUCAUUUAGUAUGUCAGAAAUCAUUAAACGCAUAUCGCUUACUACUAGCUGUCAUUCGGAGUUAUUUCGCUAAGUUAGACUUAAGAGUUACAGUAUUGUACGUUUAAUACAUAUAUUUUGAACGCUUGUGCAGUGAUGCCAGGAUUCCGAGGCACAGUUUAAGUAGGUAGAUGCUGUUUUGUUUGCGUCCUUCACAUCAUCAUGUAUAUAUUGUAUUUAGACUACCAACUAUUUCUUUUAGAUUAACAUACGUAUCAUUUAGCAAAUGUUAAGACUGUGUUAUAUACAUUCUUGAUUUAGAUGUAGUCAGAUUUGAUUGUUAUAGUAUUUAAGAGGAGGAAUCGUUUGGCUGGAUACCCCAAUUGUUAUGAAAGAAUUUGAUAACUUUGAAUAUCAGGAAUCAAUGCUAUGAGAUGUAUCAACUGUUUAAAUGUUUGUAUACUGAGCGGAAAUUUUACUACUAUCAUCAACUGGUUUUUGUCAGAUCACAUUGAGCCCAUUUAAUUAAGGGGGUUUUCUCCUUAAGGGAGUUUUGUUCUUAAGGGCUGAUGGUUUUUUAUUUGAUAAUCAAUAUUUUCCCAUUAGUUAUAACUAUUUAGGUGAGUUGUUGGUUCAGUUAAUACCGCCAUUUUCUUCGGGCCCAAGGCAGCGAUGUCAAGGGUUCGGAUCCUGGUCCCUGCCACUACUUUUUAUCAGUACAGUUCCUCUCGUACUGUACCGGCUCACCCUUUGCUUUGCUGGAUACGUUUCAUAGGCUCGAGGCCUAUUUGGACAAGCAAAUACAAGGUAAAGAGGUUGGUGGCCUAUUUUAAUAGGCCACCAACCUCUUUAAAAAAAAUAUAUUUUAUUUAUAAAAUAUAUCUAUUUAUAAAAAAUAUCUAUUUAUUUAUUUUCAACAAUACAGCAAUAUUUGUGAGACUCAUAGUGUGUAUCAAUGCUUGUUAACCUUGUUAACAAUGCUUGAUUGUUACAGGCAGCUAAUAGUUAUGUUUUGUGUCCGAGUGUGAUUGAUGAUGUUACUGUAUUUGGAAGAUAAAUUAUUUCCCCUUAAAACCUUCCUCUGAAAAUUCUGUAACAAUGUCUAACUAUUGACACGGAAUUGAGGUAGACAAAUUGUAGAUUGUAGCACUUUUGAAUAACGUAGACAAAGAUUCCUCCUCGAUUUAGAAACUUAUUAAAGUGAUGAUUUAAAUAAACAUAACUUACUAAACACUAUACCAUAAGAUUUGCCAUAUUGGAUUAAUGCCUGGACUAGCUAGCCAUCAGUUGUUAACUUUUAUCAGAUAUUUAUAUUGUUGUUGCAUUUCAUCUUCAAGUAAACUUGCAAUGUGAAGGGUGUUUCACUUUAUGGAAUUAUUAGUCACAUUCCAUAAAUAAUGUGAAAUGAUCAAUUUGGAAUUUAUUGUCUCCAUUUAGUAUAUCAGUAUUUAGCAUCUAAAAAAUUACUAUAAUUGUAUAGACUACUUGGUACUGAAACCUGUAACUUUUGAAAAUUUGUUAUUGAUUUGGGGCAGGGUUUUAACACACUCAAAAUGUUGUAUGGAGUUGUAAGUUGUAAGUUUUUGUAAGGUAGCUUGGGGAUUCUGUCCUUGGGAGCUCGGUUCAAAUCUCGACAGUCACUAUUUUUUAUUGCUGUGUAAUGCCUUGACCUAAUGGUUCAAAGUCUACUUUAAGCUGUGAAAAAAGGUUGGUUUCUUAGGCAAGGAGAACUGAUUGUGUAUUGGAACUGUUUCUUUUAAAGCCAAGCAAUUUUGAAAGUUUAAAUUCAUAUUUUCCACUAAGUUUUACAGAAUAUGAAGUGAAGCACCCAGUGUGUAUGGUUCAUGUGUUCAAGUAGAUAGGCACUUUAGCUAGUCUGUAUCGUCUGAAUGUUGCGGAAAUUCUUCACUCUAUGCUCCACCGCCUACUUGGCUGUGUCCUGACAAAUACUACGUUGCUGACUUAACGAAUUUAGUCAUAAACGGUAUUAGCAAACGGACACUUCCUCCCAUUGGCUUGUCAAAGACCUUUAUAAUUGGUAAGCAGUGGGAGUAACUAUGAUGUUUUUAGGCAAAAUCACCAAGGCUGAAAUUUUUACAGGAUGUGAGUUUGUACCAUUUUGUUUAGAGUUUAGAGUCCAUUACACAAUCUGACGGACACCGCUGGGUGGCGGAGGAGCGAGUGCGUGCGUGAUAUGUAUCCCUCCUGCAUGUCACGCUGUUUGACAAUACUCCCGCCACAGACAAUAUGCCCGGCCUCUAGUCGUUAUAGAUGUCUCCCGUCUCUCCUGGGCUGGUCACUUCUCUAGCUGUUUAAACGAUUGUUUUACUGAUUAUCAUAGUCCGAAAGUGUUUUUUUCUAAAAAACAACAACAGUGGCCAGUCAGAAACGUUUUCUCUACCACAUGUGUCACUUUGGGUAUAUUUUUGUGGUUUACAUUUGCUGGUUGUAUUGUACAGCGCUGUGAAUGGUUAUAUUUUCUACUACGACGUACAGUACAGUCGUAUAGUUGAAGCAGUGCUGGCAUAGCCGAGCUUCUCAGAAUGUAAGGUGCAUGAGUGCAGCCUGCUGUAUGCUUUAUACGAUAAAAUUAUGUAAAUAUCAUCGAUGUCGAUUGCCUCCAUUUUGUGUAAAUUUUAAAUUUAGUACGUUAUUUACGAUCGAAUAUAUAAUUUUAGACUCUAAUGUGAUUUCGUUAAGCUCUAGAUGUAUAAGUAGGUAAUUAUUUUAUAGUGCAUGGCCUGUUUUUUUAUUCAACCGUUGUUAUUGUUGGAUUAUGUUGAUUUUUUAAACGUUUGAACAAUGUCAAUGAAGAAAGCAAUUUAACUUUUAUAUGCCUUCUGUAUCAUAUGAAAUUGAUAUUUUGUAAUUAUAGACAUGGAGUCGAGGGUAAUUGAAAACAAAUUUAUUAAGAGAGAUAUAGAGUAUUUUGUAAGAAUUGACAGUUGUCCUAGUAAAUUGCUUUACACUUAUAAGUAGUUUUGGUGUAUUAUAAUGUUGGAAAGAUGCCAAUGCCGGUUACCGCUCUUAUUUUUGAGUACAGUAUUAAUAUUUAAACGCAUAUACGAGACCUAGAAUUAAAUGUUAUUUAUAUUUUCAAAACAUUAACUAUAUCCUCUUAAAUGUUAUCAGAUUAACUGGGGUGCUUUUAUACCAUUUUUUGGCAUAGAGGACAGUUAGUGCUUAAAAGCUAUAAGUGCUUGCACUAAAUUGAUUUAGUACCAGUUAAAAUGAAUAGGCGGAAAUAGAAACAUAAUAUAGAAAUUGAUGCUUUUAAGGUGCUCAAAAGUUUUUGUUUGCAAUGGAAAACACAAUGUUUGAAUAGUUUCACAUGUUUUAUUGAAUUUUACACAAUAUUUUAUGUCAUUGUUUUUGCAUGACUGUGUGCUACUCGAAUCUAUCCUGUUGAUUCUCCAUAAAGUCUGUAUCUGUUAAAAAAAUUAAAGUGAAAUAUAUACAAAAAUAUUUUAAUUGUUGUUACCUGUUUCCCAGUUACCCAAUGCGUUGUGUACUACAUAACACUUCCUUACACUAUGUACAUUAUGGAAGAUACAAUAAUUAUAUGAUAAUUGUAGC